GGACGGCUAAAAAGGCAGAGAGCGUCAGAGGGAGAGAGCAUGCAGGGGAGUGGGAGCGCCGUCUCGUGGUGAUUCGCCGGGGCACUUCCAGAGCUGAAUUUAUGGCACACAGCUGCUGGGUGGCUGACAGACGUGUGAGGAGCUCAAGCACUGCUGCUUCUCAAGCUCCUCGUACCAGCUCGAGCUCUGCUUACUGUAGCGUAGGAAAGAGGCUCUGCUCUGUCUCAACACACAACACCGGCAGAUGGUGCGGGAGCAGUAUGUCACCACCACCCAGGGCAGCAGCUCGCCCAGGCCGGUGCCUGACCACGUCUACAAGAUCGGCAUCUAUGGCUGGAGGAAGCGCUGCCUCUACCUGUUUGUCCUGCUGCUCAUCAUCAUCCUGGUGAUCAACUUCGCUCUCACCAUCUGGAUCCUCAGGGUGAUGUGGUUCAACACGGAGGGGAUGGGACUCCUUCAAGUGCACUCAGAUGGGGUCAAGCUGCAGGAGGGCGAGUCGGAGUUUCUGUUUCCCGUCUACGCUCAGGAGAUCCACUCCAGAGAAGAUUCUUCACUUCUAGUGCACUCAUCGGAAAAUGUUUCCCUUAAUGCCCGCAAUGAAAAUGGUAAUGUCACGGGGAGGAUAUCAGUAGGUCCAAAAGAGGCUCAGGGACACACUCGAAAUCUGCUCAUUAACUCCCACAAUGACAACAUGCUGUUCACUGCAGAUGGCGACCAGGCUGUGAUUGGACCAGACAAACUACGAGUCACAGGUCCUGAGGGAGCGCUGUUCCAGCAUUCAGUGGAGGUGCCCCUGCUGAAGUCUGAACUCCUCAAAGACCUGAGGUUAGAGUCUCCUACUCGCUCUCUCAGUAUGGACGCACCGAAAGGAGUUCAUAUCAAAGCCCUUGCUGGUAACAUUGAAGCUGCCUCCAACAUGGACAUUAUUCUACAGUCUAGUCUCGGACUGCUGGUGCUGGAUGCUGAGACGGUACGCAUGCCGAGCCUGCCCCUGAGCGAAGGAGGGGUUUCUGGAAGCGCUCAGAGUCUCUAUGAGGUCUGUGUCUGUCCCAGUGGCAAGCUGUUCCUGUCCAAGGCUGAGGUCAUCUCCACUUGCAGUGAGAAUCAGGAGUGCUAGAUAGACUCUGACAAGGUUUUAUGGACAAAAAUGCACCAGAGGACACGCAGCCUUUUCAUUUAUUGCACAAUCAUUUUAAAAUUCCUCAGUUCUCUGCUGUGCACUAGAGCUGUACAAUGGAGAUGGCUACAGUUUAGAUAAUUCUUACCAUAUUAAUGGCUCUCUGGUGCACUCUAGUGGAUAAGAUCUGCAAUAGCACCAUGAUGCAGAGGACAGUGUCACCAACAAGCAAAAUUGGCAAACUUUCUGAUCUUAUUCAGAUUGGAUUAUUAUUGUUGUUGUUGUUGUUGAGAAUGCAAUGAAAACACACCAUGUUUUCUGGUGUGUGUGUGUGUGCGUGUAGCAUUAAAACAACAUAACUCUACAACUGAAUGUUGACCUUAAAGCUGCUGCAGGUUAUUACAACCUAAUGUCAGUGCUAAUAAUCAAAUUACAAUAUGACUUUGUUCAUAUUUGUCCACUUAGGAGACCAUAGCUUACUCUGCUUGUAAACUUGAGACAACAUAAAGUAUUAAAAAUGGAUGCAACACAAAAGUAUGCCCAUUUAAAAGUGCUUAAGUUGUUUAAAUCAGAUGGAUUACCUGUUAUUUUUAAAUGUGCCCUCUUUUAUAAACCUAAAAAUAAAAACUGACACUGUUUA